AUGAAAUGUCAUGAUAAUAAACCAGCUUCAUAAUCUUAUUAAUUUCUCGAUAAAUUAGGAGAGGGGUAUUUUUAUCACAUUGAAAUAAUUAGUUCCUUUGGAUUUAUAUGGAAGGUCAAACAAAUACAAACUGGUCAAAUAUAUGCUUGUAAAUUAGUCAAGAAUUCGAUGAAGAAGGAAAAAACUUUACUUUAAAGAGAAGUAAAGAUCCUGCAUUUAUUAAAAGGGAAAAAAGGUAUGAAAUAAAUGAAAAUAGGUUUUACUCAAAUAAUAACAUCAGGUUAGGAUCAUAAAAAUACCUAUUUUAUAAUGAAUUUACUUGGAGAUAAUUUAGAAUAAGUGAGAACAAAAUAUGGGAAUUUUAAUACUACUACUAUAUUAAAUACAGGUUAAUAGAUGAUUAUGUUACUUAAAGAGCUACAUAAUACUAACAUUAUUCAUAGAGAUAUAAAGCCAGAAAAUUUUGUAGUUCAUUAAGAGAAAGUACAUCUAAUUGAUUUUGGACUAUCAAAACUAUAUAUUCAAGAUGGAAAACAUUUAGAAUUCAGAGAAAAUAAAGGUAUGAUAGGAACAGCUCGUUAUGCUUCAAUAAACUCAUUAAAAGGAAAUGAAUAAUCAAGGAGAGACGAUCUUGAAUCUGUAGGUUAUUUGUUAAUUUAUUUAUAUAUGGGAACUCUACCAUGGAAUAAUAUCACAGCUGAAGAUAAGAAGAUUAAAUAUUAUAAGAUUUAAAGAAUGAAAGAGACAUUUAAACCAGAGACUUGUAUAAAUUUACCCCCUGAACUUACAAAAUAUAUGGAAUAUGUUAAACGUUUGAAGUUUGACUAAAAACCUGAUUAUGAAUACUUGGAAAACUUGUUCAAAAGAGGAGAAGAUUUUACUCGAAGUCCUAAACUGUAAAUUUAAUAAAGCCAGUUAUAAAUUAAAUCAAAUUUAUUGCAUUUAAAAAGUAUUGAUAUGAACCAAUGUUUGACAUCUAGAAAAUCAUUACAUUAAUAAGAAAACACAAGUAGAAGAAUUACAUUAGAAGAUUUAAGUUCGACAGGAGCUGACAUUAUAGAAGAAUUAGAUAAAGAUGAAGGUAUACAAUUAAAGAACUUAUCAGUUGGCAUAAAAUAACCACAAGGAAUAAAUUUAAUAAAUAAAUUGAGAACAGGAUCAGAUUAGAUUUAUGAAAUCGAGGAUAAGCUAAAGACUAAUUUAUUACCUAUUUCCUUAAAAUAAUUAUAAUGA